CUCCCCCACAGUUUGUGGUGAGACCACGAGACCAGAUUGUAGCCCAGGGUCGAACAGUGACUUUUCCUUGUGAAACUAAAGGAAAUCCCCAGCCAGCUGUUUUCUGGCAAAAAGAAGGAAGUCAGAAUCUACUCUUCCCAAACCAGCCUCUCCAACCCAACAGCAGGUAUUCAGUGUCACCAGCCGGAGACCUCACUAUUACCAACAUUCAGCGGUCUGAUGCAGGCUACUACAUUUGUCAAGCACUGACGGUUGCUGGAAGCAUUUUAGCAAAGGCUCAGCUGGAGGUUACUGAUGUCUUGACAGAUAGGCCUCCGCCCAUCAUCCUCCAGGGACCGGUCAAUCAGACACUAGCAGUGGAUGGGACAGCAUUGCUCAAGUGCAAGGCAACUGGCGACCCCCUUCCUGUCAUCAGUUGGCUAAAAGAAGGAUUCACCUUCCUGGGCAGAGACCCUCGAACAUCCAUACAGGACCAGGGGACACUUCAGAUUAAAACUUUGCGGCUGUCCGAUACUGGUACUUACACUUGUGUUGCUACAAGUUCCAGUGGGGAGACAUCUUGGAGUGCUGUGCUGGAGGUGACAGAAUCCGGUGGAGCAACAGUCAGUAAAAAUUACGAUAUAAAUGACCUCCCUGGGCCGCCAUCCAAACCUCAGGUCACUGAUGUAACUAAGAACAGUGUCACCCUGUCCUGGCAGCCAGGGACCCCUGGAAGCCUACCAGCUAGUGCAUAUAUCAUUGAGGCUUUUAGUCAAUCUGUGAGCAAUAGUUGGCAAACAGUGGCUAACCAUGUGAAGACCACGCUCUACACUGUCAGAGUACUGCGGCCCAAUACAAUAUACCUGUUUAUGGUGAGAGCUAUCAAUUCACAAGGUCUGAGUGAUCCCAGCCCCAUGUCAGAUCCUGUUCGAACACAAGAUAUCAGCCCACCAGCACAAGGUGUGGAUCACAGGCAAGUCCAGAAAGAACUGGGAGACGUCAUUGUACGACUGCAUAAUCCUGUUGUGCUGACACCCACGACAGUUCAAGUCACUUGGACGGUUGACCGCCAAUCCCAGUUUAUUCAGGGCUACAGAGUAAUGUACCGCCAAACAUCUGGCUUGCCUUCUCCAGCUGUAUGGCAAAAUUUGGAGGUCAAAGUCCCAACUGAGCGCAGCGCUGUCCUUGUCAGCUUGAAAAAGGGAGCCACUUAUGAAAUUAAAGUUCGACCUUACUUCAAUGAAUUCCAAGGAAUGGACAGUGAAUCAAAGUCUGCUCGUACCACAGAGGAAGCUCCAAGUGCCCCUCCUCAGUCUGUUACUGUCCUGACAGUUGGAAGCCACAACAGCACAAGCAUCAGCAUCUCCUGGGACCCUCCCCCUCCAGAUCACCAAAAUGGAGUCAUCCAGGAGUAUAAGAUCUGGUGCCUCGGUAAUGAGACUCGAUUUCAUAUCAACAAAACAGUAGACGCAGCCAUUCGGUCAGUAGUAAUAGGUGGCCUAUAUCCCGGUAUUCAGUACCGUGUGGAAGUUGCUGCCAGCACCAGUGCAGGUGUGGGAGUAAAAAGUGAGCCACAACCCAUAAUAAUUGGAGGUCGUAACGAAGUUGUCAUCACUGAAAAUAACAACAGCAUAACUGAGCAAAUCACUGAUGUUGUCAAACAGCCUGCCUUUAUAGCUGGCAUCGGUGGGGCAUGUUGGGUAAUUCUGAUGGGUUUCAGCAUCUGGCUUUACUGGCGCAGAAAGAAGAGGAAGGGGCUCAGCAAUUAUGCUGUGACUUUCCAAAGAGGAGAUGGGGGACUAAUGAGCAAUGGAAGUCGACCAGGUCUGUUGAAUGCAAGUGACCCCAGUUAUCCUUGGCUUGCAGACUCUUGGCCUGCCACAAGUCUGCCAGUAAACAACAGCACUAGUGGACCAAAUGAUCUUGGCAAUUUUGGUCGUGGAG